GAACUGCGACGAGUGAUCAAGGAAACCUGCUACAGCGCCAAGGUAUAGAAUUGACGACUAAACUAUCCAAUAUGCCGGUCUCUGAAAAGUACGAGUGUACCUUGGACAAAGACAGUGUGAAAAAAGCUCAGAAAGAGCUGGGCGAAGACCCAAAGGAACGGGAAAGCGCUGUGGCGUCUUUGAGGCAAUGGAUCGAGCAGAACAGCGCCUGGUUAAAAUCUCCUACAGACACCAAGUUUUUACUACGAUUUCUUCGUAACGCUAAAUUUGCUCAGCUUGCGGCUCGAAAACGACUAGUCAGUUACUGGACAAGUCGCACCAACAACAAGGAAUGGUUUGGAAAUGUGGACACACGAGAUAAAACCAUGGAGGAAUGUCUGAGAAUGGGGAACUUCAUGCCGUUACCAAAGAGAGAUCAGGAAGGGCGUGUAAUUAUCCUCGGGAAACCAGCUGCCAUCGAUGUCUCUGGUAAGUACACCAUCGACGAUAUAAUGAAAGCCUCAGGGGCGGUGGUGGAUUAUUGCCUCAUGGAUGAAAACGUGCAAGUGAAUGGAUUCUCCAUGAUACAGGACAUGUCGGAUUUGACACUUAAACAUCAGUCAUUCUUUGGAGUGGAUGCGAUGAGGAGAUCUAUGAAAGUGUGGGUUAAAUCGUACCCCGCUCGAUACAAAAAUGUUCAUUACUACAACACUAACCCGAUCUUUGAAGCCAUAUUUGCCAUUAUCAGCCCAAUUUUCCCAGAAAAGCUACAAAAACGACUGUAUUUCCACGGGAAGAAUCUGUUUGGCAUAUACAAACACAUCGACCAAGUUUACCUCCCCACCGAAUAUUUACCAGAUGACUUUAAAGGGAAAAAUGUGGGCAGCGUCAAUGACUGUAUAGAUGACUACAUCCAGAAGAUGCAACAACCGGAAGUCAGAGAUUAUCUAUUACAUCUGUCCAGUCCAGAGUUUGGGGUGAGCCAGGACCUCAAACCCAGUGACGACGAGCUGUUUAAUGAGUCAUUCAGAAAACUUAACGUGGACUAAAACUAGAUGUAGAAUCGGUUAGUAAUCACACAUAUAACACAAAGGCCAGUUUAGACGUCUGUAGAUUAGGGUGGGUUGCGUCUUCCUCUAAAACUUGCAUGCAACGAAGAAGCGAUUUAAAUUACACCUGUGUCCAGAUUUACUGAACACUGAAACAAGUAGUACACAAGCGGUACCCAAGGGAAACAAAAGCCGCAUAAAGAAGGAACUCAAGCAGUACACAGACGCUUCUGGGUUAUGUCUGCACAUUAUACAUCACGUGGACUAUCCGUGUUCAUACAUGUUGACUGCACUGUGCAAAAUAUACGCUUUCGCUUUGAAACAUAUGUUUUUCUUUCAAUAAACAUUUAACCAUUCACAACCUC